CACACCGUAGAGCACUAUCAGCCAACUCGUCAGACUCAAAUCACUUGUCUGCCGUAAUCAGAAACUCAUAACUUGUUGUCAUCAGUAUUCGCCGGUAUAUUGACAACUCCCGUUCUCUUUGCUUGAUCCUUUGAAGAACCAUCGGUAGCCGGUAGCCGGUAGCUGCACAUCUGUAUUUUCCGUAUUUUCAUCAACUCCUGUGCUAAGUAAACUUGCAGAGAAUUAUACAGCUAAGUCAAAUUGAAAGUCAACAUCGCUCUGCCCCGUGGAUAUUGUGCUGGAUUUAUAAAACUAUUAUUAAAACGUAACUCUCUCGGAAGCGUUCGUUUCUUCAUCAUUAUCUGUCUUGUGACUCCUCCUAAGGAUUUAACUCUUUCAAAACUCACUGAUGGAGAGUGGCAAAUCAUCCAAGAUCGCUGGACUAAUCACGACCGUAUCACAGCUGGUCUUGAAAGACAAACGCGCCAUUGAUUUGGGGAAAGAUCAGGGUGAUAAGAUUGAGAACUGUUCAAUGUCCAAGACUAUGACACGCUAUGUGAUACGUCGAGGACAGAUUGACGACUGUUCUCAGAUCUCAGUGCUUAUGAGGGAACUCGCAGAGAGUGAAGACUAUGGAGAUCGGGUGGAAGUCUCCGAAGAUGAUCUUCGUCGAGAUGGGUUUGGAGAUAAUCCUGUCUUCGAGAGCAUCGUCUUAGAAGACAGGGAGGCUGAUGAGGAAUCGUCUAUCUUGGGCUACGCCCUCUUUUUCAUGGGUUUCUGCUCCUGGAAGGGGCGUCUCCUCUAUCUUGAAGAUGUUUACAUCGAUUCCGAAUACAGAGGUACUGGGCUCGGCAUUGCUCUUCUCCACACAAUUGCUAAGAUCUCUGAGGAACGUGGUUGCAAGGCUAUCCAGGGUACUGUCGUUGAAUGGAACACGGAUGUCAUGAAGCUUUACAAACGGAUAGGGGCCACGGAUAUGACCGAAAAUGACAAAUAUCACCUCUUUGCUAUUGGUGGGACUGAUGUUAGUAGAUUCGCUAAGGCUAGGAUCCCUGCCUUCAAUAACGGAUCACAAAUCGUUACCUGUGAGCUGUGACAUUAUGACCAAACUAAGAAACAAUCAUAUGUUGGUUCGGAUAGUCAUGGUACCAAACGGUGAAGGUUCGUUUUGAAGCGAACAUACGAAGUUACCCGAACAUCCGAUGUUAACCGACCAGCCGAAGUAAAUUGAGUGGACUAGAAAUGUUGUGAGAUGUGACAUCAUUCGGCCAUGUGCCCUGCAUUGAACGCCGAUGGAAAAAGCGGAUUCGGGAAGUAGCACCAGGUCACUGUGAGAACCGACACCGUUUGACCUACGCCAUACGUAGCAUAAUACUGCAGGGAUAUAAACCGAAGGUAAGAAGGACGGUCAGGCUCGCGGUCCUUUUAACAUUGCCGAUCUCGUGGAUUGUCGGUCUUCUUCGGUUUUCUAGCCGGUCCGAAUGAAGCAUGGUUCAGUGACAUUCUUGUACAACCGGAAUUCCGAAAAGCUUGUUAUACAUUAAAGACCCCAUGAUCAUGUUUGCAGGCCUAAUGAUUAUGUUGUUUAAUGGAUGGAUUCCGGCAAAUUAUAAGCGAGAGUUGCGAGACAGAUAUGUAAAAUUUACAUAUCGAGGACUUUUAUCAUAGAAGUUUUGCUUAUUUUCAUUUGACUAUCAUUGGGCUUAAAUAUCAUGCAUAUUUGUUUCACUGUAUCACCAUGAGUUAUAUCUAUGUUAAUCGCUAUUAAUCAUAAUAAUAAUAAUAAUAAUAAUUAACCGUUCUUGUAUAGCGCAUAACACAUAGUAUUGAAACAUGUCCCUAAGCGCUCUAGAGAAAAACACAACAAAAUACAAAGACAAGAUGUAUUGGGUAAUAGACAAAAUGGAUGAAUUAAAUGUUAAAUAAGUGCGUCUUUAAAGCAAUCUUAAACUUAACAAUGGAGUCAAUGUUUUUUAAACGUUCCGAUUGGUUUAAGCACUUGACUUGCAAAUUCAAAGGUCGUGAGUUCGAUCCCCGACACGGCACGAAUGUACUUUGGCAAGGCAAUAAUGUACAUUUGCCACUCAAUACCCAAGAGAGAAUUGGGGACCCGGUAGGAUGACGAAAUCAUUUCUGUUAGGAAUUGCCUAUACGGUAGGAUUACUUCCCAGGAAGUGCAGUGGAGUGCAUAGUGUGCGUGAAUGAAUCCGAUGACCGGGUUAAUAACAUCGGUAAAGCGCUUAAAGAGACGGUAUUCCGUAAUAAGCGCUCUAUAAAUCCAGAUUAUCGUAUUAACUUUAGAAAAAGCAGUUCAGGAUUUCACUAGUUCUUCAAUUAUUCAAUCAAAUCUGCCUUGGACUUAAAAUGGGGUUUAACCGUGGAUCAAACCAUAUUAUGUUCAUGAAAAUGUAUGAUGAAAAAAGAAAAAAAAAA